AUGGAUGAGCACGAGAAGCACUUUGACGUCAUCAUCGUCGACUCGUCGGAUCCCGUCGGCCCGGCCGAGUUCCUCUUUGAGAAGCCCUUCUACCAGUCCAUCAAGAAGGCCCUCCGCGAGGGUGGCAUCGCCGCCACCCAGGCCGAGUGCCUGUGGCUCCACAUGGACAUCAUCAAGCGCCUGAUGGUCCAGUCCAAGGAGAUGUUCAAGCACGCCGAGUAUGCCUUCACCACCAUCCCCACCUACCCGUGCGGUCAGAUCGGCUUCGCCAUCCUCUCGGAGCGCGACCAGUCGCCCAAGGAGCCCGUCAGGACCCUGCCCGCCGACAAGCUCAGGUACUACAACGAGCACGUCCACCGCGCCUCCUUCGUCCUCCCCGAGUUCGCCCGCAAGGAGCUCGAGCAGUAA